CGGCCAUUGCUUCAAGAUGGCGGCGGCGGCGGCGGCGGCGGCAGAGAUGACUCAAGGUGGAGCCACCAUCCUUGAUCACCCUCAGUCUGAAACCUAGGGAGGAUGUCCUGGACGUCUGGACUAGAGUCUGACAUCGGGCCCCAUGCGGCUCACCCGCUGCUGGGCUGCUCUGGCAGCCGCCAUCAUCCUCAACCUCUUAGUCUUCUUUUAUGUAUCAUGGCUACAACACCAGCCCAGAAACUCCCGGGCACGGGGCCCCCGCCGGACUCCUGCCACUGGACCCCGUGUAACCGUCCUGAUUCGGGAGUUUGAGGCCUUUGACAACGCGGUGCCAGAGCUGGUGGAUUCCUUCCUGCAGCAGGACCCAGCCCUGCCUGUGGUAGUGGCGGCUGACACACUCCCUUAUCCACCCCUGGCCUUGCCUCGCAUCCCCAACGUUCGCUUGGCGCUGCUCCAGCCGGCCCUGGACCGGCCAGCCGCGGCCUCGCGCCCAGAGACAUAUGUAGCCACCGAGUUCGUGGCCCUGGUCCCUGACGGAGUGCGGGCCGAGUCGCCAACCCACCUGGAGCGUAUGGUGGAGGCGCUCCGAGGGAGCAGCGCGCGCCUGGUAGCCGCCCCAGUCGCCACCGCCAACCCAGCGCGGUGCCUGGCACUGAACGUCAGCCUGCGGGAGUGGACCGCGCGCUACGGUCCAGCACCCGGCGCACCGCGCUGUGACGCCGUGGAUGGCGACGCUGUGCUGCUACUGCGCUCCCGUGACCUCUUCAACCUCUCGGUGCCCUUGGCGCGGCCUCUGGCCACCAGCCUCUUCUUGCAGACUGCUCUACGGGGCUGGACAGUGCAGCUACUGGACUUGACCUUCGCCGCGGCGCGCCAGCCCCCUCUGGCUACGGCUCACGCGCGCUGGAAGGCAGAUCGCGAGGGGCGCUCGCGGAGGGCGGCGCUGCUGCGUGCUCUGGGCAUCCGCUUGGUGAGCUGGGAGGGCGGGCGGCUCGAGUGGUUUGGCUGCAGCAAGGAGAGCGCACGCUGCUUCGGGACUGUAGCGGGCGACACACCUUCCUACCUGUACGAGGGCCGCUGGACACCGCCCUGCUGCCUGCGCGCGUUGCGAGAGACUGCGCGCUACGUGGUGGGCGUGCUGGAGGCCGCAGGCGUGCGGUACUGGCUGGAGGGCGGCUCGUUGCUGGGUGCAGCACGCCACGGUGACAUUAUCCCUUGGGACUACGACGUAGACCUGGGCAUCUACCUGGAGGACGUGGGCAACUGCGAGCAGCUGCGGGGCGCCGAGGCUGGCUCGGUAGUGGACGAACGCGGCUUCGUGUGGGAGAAGGCAGUGGAGGGCGACUUCUUCCGAGUGCAGUUCAGUGAGAGCAACCACCUGCACGUUGACCUGUGGCCCUUCUACCCCCGCAAUGGGGUCAUGACGAAGGACACGUGGCUGGACCACCGGCAGGAUGUGGAGUUCCCAGAGCACUUCCUGCAGCCGCUAGUCCCCCUGCCCUUUGCUGGCUUCAUGGCGCAGGCCCCUAACAACUACCGCCGCUUUCUGGAGCUCAAGUUCGGGCCUGGCGUCAUCGAAAACCCGGAGUACCCCAACCCUGCACUCUUAAGCUUGACAGGUGGCUGAAACCCCGGUGCUCGCAUCUGGGGCUAGGGGAGCGGUAAUUUACAGGAAACAGUUCUCUGCCUUUGGAGGCCCUGUGGGUCUGGACAUGCUUAUUUGAUUGAGCGGUGAGGCUGUGCAUUGGAGGGAAAAAAAAAAAAAAGGUGAACUGCCCAAGGAAGACUUGAGGGAGCCCACAGGAAAAGUCCGGCUUUGGCAGAAAGCAGAACCCUGCGGAAGAUUGGAGCAACAUACAUAUUCUUGAGCCCUGAGCUGGGGUAAGUGUGGAGACCUUCUACUCCAUCCAAGUAAUGGAGGAAAGUGGUGGCCUUUGAUGGAAAAGCCCGGGGAUCAGAGCCCAUCGUCAGGGCUUCACACAGUCUCUGCCCUAUUAUGUUCCAAGAUCCUUAGACCCUUGUAAAGUGAUGUCCGGAGGACAGACCAGCCAGCUUCAGUCUACCACACACAACUUAGGAGGCCCUGGACCAGUUGCACAGUUUUGCUUUCGGCCUGUUUUGUGAAUGCCUCCAAAUUGGUGUCUAGAAUCCGUAGGAUCCUUUGCUGUAGUGUUUGCUUCCUCCACCAGAGGGCGCAUCUGUCCGGCCAUCAUCUCUGGUUUUCUUGGCAUGGCUCUGGGUGGUGGGACGGCACUGGCCACCUCCCCUCCUCUGAGAGAACUCUGCGUGAUGUAUCUGCUGCUUCUAGCCCCUUCAUGUACCUGGAAGACUAACAGGGCUCUGGUUUGGGAUCCUGGCUGACAUAUUUAUUACCUCUUUCAGUUCUCGGCCCCCGUUUCCCCACUUGCCCUGAGGGGUGAACCUUCGCCAUAACUCGUAGUUAAGGAGAGCUUACUGGGGCCCAGGCAUACACACGAAUGGAUUCAUCCUCACUCCUACUCCCUGAAUUGACAGCUGCUAUUACAUCCAUUUUCCAGGCAGGAUAACUGAGGCCAAAAUGGCAGUUAUUUAUCCAUGAGCAGAUAGUUUAGGAAGUGGCCAGUCAAUAGGAGACUUGAAUUCAGGCCAUCAUUUCAAAGCCCAUUUUAUGUCUCGCUCUAGAAAUAGUACCCAAGUGGGACCUUGCGGUAGUUGUGCCAUUUACCAGGUUAAAAACAAUAACUUUCCUUAUUUAAUUAUACAUGUAAAUUAUGGUCAAACCACUACGACCAACUGUAUAUUGUUAAAUAAUGCCUAAUUUAUAUUACUUUAAAAUUAAAAUAAAAGAUGAAUAGAGCCUUUCGUUUUCUUGCUUUGAGGAUUUCCUCCACAUGCUUCCUGGCUGUGCCUUCCCCACUCCCCAAACCCCCCAUUUAUUUUAUUGGGAAGAGCAGGGGUUUGAGACAGGGUCUAACUUUGUAACCUAGGCUGGGUUUCAAACUUUUGAUCCGCCUGUCUUCGACUCUGGAGUGCUGGCUGGGAUUGUAGGUGUGUACCAAAAUGUCUGGGCCAAUGGAGGAUCCCAGGCUUGCUAUGGAUCCCAGGCUAGCCUGCAAUUUAUCUAAUUCUCCUGCCUCAGUGUUCCAGGUGCUGGGGUUAUAGAAAUAUGCCCCCACACUCUGGUCCUGAUUUAGGAAAGGAAAGCUAGGGAUGUAGACCCAGGUUUAUGUAGCCUGCACAGGCCCUAGGGAUGUAGACCCAGGCUUAUGUAGCCUGCACAGGCCCUAGGGAUGUAGACCCAGGUUUGUCUAGCCUGCACAGGCCCUAGGGCUAUAGACCCCAGGUUUAUCUGGCCUGCACAGGCCCUAGGCUUGGCACCUGUACCACAGACUGGUCAGAGCAUAGUAACUAAUAAAGCACAGGAAGCCGGCACAGCUUGUGCAUUUGUGAUCUCAGCUAUUUAGGAGGCGGAGGCUGGAGUAUUUCUAGCCCAGGAGUUAAAGACCUUCAACACAGCAAGACCCCAUCUCAACCAAACUAAAUGAAAUCACCAGGAGUGGUGGUUUGUGCCUACAACCUCAGCUGGAGGAGCAGGAGUUCAAGGCCAUCAUCAACCGCGUGGAGAGUUCCUGGCGAGCCUGGCUUACAAGUGACUGUCUCAAAAAAAAAAAAAAAAAAGCCAACGUGCCAGGCGAUGGUGGCACACACCUUUAA